UAAAAAGAGUUUAGAAAUGCGAACUGUUAUCGGCCAUAAAUCAGGAAUAGAAACUAACUAUGGCGAUUUAGGCUAUGCUUACCUUAGAUUAGGAGAUUAUGAGAAAGCUAUUGACUAUUUUAAAAAUAGUUUAGAAAUCCAAACUGCUAUCGGCCAUAAAUCAGGAAUAGAAACUAACUAUGGCCAUUUGGGCAAUGCUUACUUUAGAUUGGGAGAAUAUGAGAAAGCCAUUAGCUAUUACAGAAAAAGUUUGGGAAUGAGUACUGCUAAUGGCAACAAGUUAGGAAUGGCAAUUAACAAUCGCCAUUUGGGCGAAUAUGAGAAGUCCAUUGACUAUUUCAAAAUAGGUUUGGAGAUGAGUGCAGCUAUUGGUGAUAAGUCAGGAAUGGCUGAUAACAAUGGCUAUUUGGGCUAUGUUUAUAAUGAAUUAAGAGAAUACGUAAAAUCCGUUGGCUAUUCAAAAAAAGGUUUAGAAUUGAGUACUGCUAUUGGUGAUAAGCUAGGUAUAGCAAGUAAAAAUUGCAAUUUGGGUAAUGCCUACUUUGGUUUGGGAGAAUAUGAGAAGGCUAUAGCCUACUUUGACAAAGGUUUAGAAAUUAGUACCGCUAUUGGCGAUAAAUCAUGUAUAGCAACUAUAAAUGGCAAUGUGGGCAAUGUUUAUCUUCUGUUAGGAAAAUAUGAAAAAGCCAUUGACUUUUUUAAGAAGAGUUUAGAGAUGGAAACUGCUAUCGGCCAUAAAUCAGGAAUAGAAACUAAUUAUGGCAAUUUAGGCAAUGCUUACCUUAAAUUAGGAAAAUAUGAGAAAGCCAUUAGCUAUUAUAGAAAAGGUUUAGAAAUGAGUACUGCCAAUGGCGAUAAGUCAGGAAUUGCUGCUAACAAUGGCAAUUUGGGUAAUGCCUACAUCUAUUUAGGAAAAUAUGAGGAAGCCAUUGAAUAUUGUAUAAAAGGUUUAGAAAUGAGCAUAACCUACCAUAGUUUGGGAGAAUAUGCCAAGGCUAUUGACUAUGGCAAAAAAGGUUUAGAAACGAGUACUGCUAUUGGUGAUAAUUUAGAAAUAGCAAGAAACAGUGGAGUGUUAGGUAAAGCCUAUCUCAAUUUAGGAGAGUAUGAGAAAGCUAUUGACUAUUGCAAAAAGGGUUUAGAAAUGAGUUUAGAAAUGAGUACUGCUAUAGGGGAUAAGUCAGGCAUAGCAACAAGCAAUGUCAAAUUGGGCAUCGCCUACCGUUAUUUGAGAGAAUUCGCCAAAGCUAUUGAUUACCUCGAAAAAGGUUUGGAAAUAAGUACUAUUAUUGGCGAUAAAUCAGGGAUAGCAGAUGCGAAUGGCGGUUUGGGCAUUGCUCAUAUAUUCUUGGGAGAGUAUGAAAAAUCUAUUGAUUGUCAAAAAAAGUGUUUAGAAAUUAGUACCGCUAUUGGCGAUAAUGCUUACCACAGCUUUGAAGAAUACGAGAAAGCUAUUGACUGUUACAGAAAGGGAUUAGAAAUUAGUACUGGUAUGGGCGAUAAAUCUGCAAUAGCCACUCAGAAAUUAAAUUUGGGCAGUGCCUACCUUGGAUUAGGAGAAUAUGAGAAAGCCAUUGACUAUUACAAGAAAGCUUUAGAAAUAAGCAUUGAUAUUAAUGAUCCGUCACUCUUAGCAAUUAGUAAAAGCAAUUUGGGAUUUGUUCUUGUAUUAUUAGGACAAUAUAAAGUCAUUGACCUUGGAAGGGCUAAAGAACUUCAUUGGUCCAUUGAAAGAAAAAAGAAAUCUUUGAAUACAAAAAUGUUCGAUUAUGCAAGUUCGGGAUGGAAUAGAAUCAAGAAUGUGCCCAGUAUUGAUGAAAAAUCGAUUCUUCCUUUGGACGUUUUUAAAGAAAAAUCUCCGUCCAAAAAUCUUUAUCAGAAACCUUCUGUUGGGCAUGAUGAUUUAAACCAAGACGGUAUUUUGAAAACAUUGUUUAAACUACUUAUUGACCCUGUAAGCGAUGUGAUUAAAGGCAAUAAACUUAUAGUUGUUCCUGACAAGCAAUUGUUUUUUGUCCAAUUUUCGUCAUUGAUUGAUGAAAAUGGUUGUCACUUAUCCCACAAUUACAGCAUUCAAGUUACGCCAUCAUUACACACUCUAAGGUUUAGCAUUGAACGCUCUCAAGAUCUGGGCCUUGGUUUUGCGUUGUUUGUUGGUAAUCCAACCGUUGGAACGGUUUCCUUAAAUGGAAAAGAAUUUUCACCCCCUGCCCUACCAAAUGCUGCUAGAGAAGUUGAAUGUCUUUCAAAGCUCUUCAAUGCUAGACCCUUAGUGGGGCGUGAAGCUAGAAAACAGGUUGUACUGGAUCUUUUAUCUGGGGCUAGCAUAAUCCAUAUCGCUGCUCACGGUGAACAACUUCGAGGUGAAAUAAUGCUUUCCCCUAACGUUUCUUCGACUCGGCCAUUUUCGACUCUUCCUUAUCCAGACGACUACCUUCUCUCACAGAAGGAUAUUGUAAAUACUUCUUUGCUAGCUAGCUUGGUAGUUUUAUGCUGUUGCCAUACCGGGCAAGGUGAGAUUUCUUCCGAAGGUGUCAUAGGUAUUGCUCGGGCAUUUAUUGCAGCCGGGGCUCGCACUGUUCUCGCCACACUAUGGCCCAUUAGUGAUGAUGCCACGAAAGAGUUUAUGGAAGUAUUUUAUGGUGAGUUGUGCCAGGGAACAUCGGUUUGUGAAGCACUAAGAAAGACAAAGAAUCUCUUCCAAAAACACCAAAUCCAGGCAUACCGGUCUUACAAAAUCUGGGCCCCAUUUACCAUCUACGGGGAGGACGUGGUUUUUCAGAAACAUGACAUCGAAAAUAUCAGAGAUAAAUCACGUGACAUGUUCUCUGGUUUUGUUGUAUUACCCUAAGGUUUGUAAGUAUAAUAAUUAUAUAGCUUUGUGUAGCCAGUAUCGGAUUUGAAAUAUUCAGUUUUUUAAAUCAAUAUAAGUAGACAUUUCCUCUCUUCAAAGUGUGAUAGUGCAUUGGACGAAGUACGAUUGGUAUGCAGUUUUGCAGUUAUCGCCAAGCCGUAAGUAUAUAUCAAUUUCAAUUCAAAUGUGAUUUAAGAAUUCCCUAUCCCCAUUAUUUGCAUACUUAUUCCCUAUUCCCAUUAUUUGCAUACGCUGGUCCCAAGAAGGGGAAUAGCAUUAUUGAGGUAUCGGGCCAGUCAGGAUUAGAACAUUAACCUGCUUACUUCUCUUUAAUUUCCAAUAUGCAAGUAAAAUUAUAUGUAGGAUAUCAUUUCAGUGUUAAAACAAUACGCUAUAGCAAGCAGAUAUUCUAUUAUUUUUCUCCACUCGUCAUCGGU